AUGGAUGAAGAAUACGAUGUGAUUGUCCUGGGAACAGGCUUAAAAGAAUGUAUUUUAAGCGGCAUGUUGUCGGUUUCUGGGAAGAAGGUUUUGCACAUCGAUCGCAAUAAGUACUACGGUGGUGAAUCUGCGUCAAUUACCCCGUUAGAGGAGCUGUUCGCUAAGUUCAACGCACCGGCACCUGAUGAAACAUACGGUCGAGGUCGAGACUGGAACGUUGACUUGAUUCCUAAGUUUCUGAUGGCUAAUGGAUUGCUAGUCAAAUUGCUUAUUCACACGGGCGUCACCCGGUACUUGGAGUUUAAGUCCAUCGAAGGAAGUUAUGUUUACAAAGGUGGAAAAAUCUCCAAAGUACCUGUCGAUCAGAAAGAAGCUCUUGCGUCUGAUCUUAUGGGCAUGUUUGAGAAGAGGCGUUUCCGCAACUUCUUAAUCUACGUUCAAGAUUUCCAGGAAGAAGAUGCCAAGACAUGGAAGGAUUUUGAUCCCUCAACUGCAAACAUGCAGUCGCUGUACGAUAAGUUUGGGUUAGAUAGAAACACCCAAGAUUUCACUGGACAUGCUCUUGCCCUUUAUUUGGAUGAUAAUUAUUUGCAACAGCCUGCUAUCCAGACCAUUCGCCGCAUCAAGUUGUAUUCUGAUUCACUAGCGAAGUAUGGUAAGUCUCCUUACCUUUACCCAUUGUAUGGAUUGGGAGAACUUCCUCAAGGCUUUGCUCGCCUUUCUGCUAUAUAUGGAGGAACCUAUAUGUUGGACAAACCCAUAGAUGAGAUUGUCUUGGGAGAGGAUGGAAAAGUGGUUGGUGUUCGCUCUGGCAAUGAAACUGCCAAGUGUAAGCAGGUUUAUUGUGACCCAAGCUAUGUCCCUGACCGUGUCCGUAAGAAGGGUCAGGUGAUACGAUGCAUUUGUCUAUUAGAUCAUCCCAUUUCUAACACCAAGGAUGCACUUUCCACUCAGAUUAUAAUCCCUCAAAAACAAGUUGAGAGGAAUUCUGAUAUCUAUGUGUCGGUUGUGUCCUACACUCACCAGGUUGCAGCUAAGGGUUGGUUUAUUGCUAUGGUCUCUACUACUGUUGAGACCAAUGAUCCUGAAUCUGAAAUCAGACCUGGUUUGGCUCUUUUGGGUGCCAUUAGGCAAAAGUUUGUAUCAGUGACUGACUAUUAUGAGCCAAUCGAUGAUGGUAGCCAAAGCCAAAUAUUUAUUUCGGAAUCUUAUGAUGCCACCACACACUUUGAAACAACUUGUCUGGAUGUGCUUAAAAUUUAUAAACAUGGUACUGGGGAAGAAUUUGAUUUCUCUAAAGUCAAGCUGGAACUUGGUGAAGAGGAUCAGUAAAUAACUGAGAGGUCUCAUGAAAAAAUAAUAUGUAUACUGCUUGUUAUUCAACUGUUUAUUUAAGGAAAAACCUCAAUGAAUUGUUACUUUAUAAUACUUCAUAUUUAAGUAAUUGAGAAGUUUAUGGUCUACAUUUAACCAGUUUCAUUAAAUGAAAAGAAAAUAUUAUUUGCACUAAGUAUUAAAACUAAAGAAUAAUUUCAGAAUAUAGUUGGGUGGUUGCUAUUUUUAUCUUUAAUAUUUAUCAGUGUUGAGUUGGUCUGCACAAGUUAAAAGCUGUUUAUAUGUUAUUUUGUAACUGAUAUGCAUUCCAAUAUGGUACAUUUAUUGAUGCAGCAAUAACCUUAAUAUAAUUUGUGUAAUCUUUCAAAAUUAUGAAUGCUCAUUAUUUUAAUUGUGUAAGAUCAUAAAUAAAGUUACAUUAUGAAAACAAUAA